AUGAACUCCAGGUACAUGGUAUCUUUGGACAACCAUACAUAUAUCACCCAGUUUGUUUUUUCCAACUUCUCUGAUGUCCGUGAGCUAUGCUACCUUCUUUUUGCCAUUGUCCUGUUAAUGUUCCUGACAUCACUUACAGGCAAUACCCUGAUAGGUAUUGUUAUACAGUCCACACCAGCCCUCCAUACUCCAAUGUAUUUCUUUCUAUUAAAUCUCUCCUUCUUGGAGAUUGGUUACACCUGUAGUGUGGUGCCCAAGAUGCUUCAGAGUCUAGUAAGUGAGAACCGGGAAAUCUCCCGCUUGGGUUGUGCCACCCAGAUGUUUUUUUUCGCCCUAUUUGGGAUCAGUGAGUGUUGCCUUUUGGCAGCCAUGGCUUUUGACCGUUAUGUUGCCAUUUGUACUCCACUACGCUAUGCUACAAGAAUGAGCUGGAGUGUGUGCACCCAACUAGCAGGAGUUUCAUGGAGCAUAGGUGCUCUGGUAGCACUAGGACAGACCAAUUAUAUCUUCUCUCUCAACUUCUGUGGCCCCACCAAGAUUAACCAUCUAUUCUGUGACAUUCUCCCUGUUAUUGCACUGGCCUGUGGAGAUACUUCACAUAAUCAGAUGGCAGUCUAUGCAGUGGCUUUUCUAUUCAUUGCCAGUCCUUUCUUACUCAUCAUUGCCUCAUAUGGAUUCAUCCUAGCUGAUGUACUAGCUAUGUCUUCACCUGAAGGACAGCGCAAGGCUCUCUCAACCUGUUCUUCCCACCUCAUUGUGGUAACACUCUUCUAUGGCUCUGGCUCUAUAACAUACUUGAGACCCAAAGCUAGUCACUCUCCAAUCCUGGACAAACUGCUGGCCCUCUUUUACACUGUGGUAACAUCCAUGCUCAACCCUAUCAUCUAUAGUUUAAGGAACAAAGAAGUCAAAGCAGCUCUCCAGAAAACCUUGGGGAAAAUAACAUGUUCUGUCCAAGGUGGCUGUUUCACGGACCCCACUGUUGUAACCGGCUGGUUCCGGACAAGUGGCGCCCAACGUGUGGGUCAUGGAGAAAACAGAUUACCGGACAACUGA